AAUAUUGAUUAAUCUACUUCGUUCACGGGACAUUAAUUAAUUUAUUAUUGUCGCAAUGAACAAAUGAUUGCAAAAGACAAUAGACCCAAAUUUGUUUUUUGUUAUUUUAUUUUUUUUAAAAAAAGAUACAAUUUCUUCCCUUGAUAAUCCUAACAUAUAAUAAUAACAGUGACGUGUGAAACAAAAGAAUAUAAGGUUGUCUGUCUCUAUGGGUUGCGGGGGUUUAACAAUUUAGAGCUCAAGGAUUUUGGACAGAGAUGGUUUAAUAUUCUUGUCGCCUAAGUCUCGGAUUCCUUCUUUCCCAAUUCAUUAUAUUCAUUCAAUCCCCCUCCUACUCGAUACAACAACGCGAUUCUCUUUUGUAUCCUCCGAAAUUCUGCUUCUUUGAGGUACUGAAAGUGAAACUCUUGGUCCAAAGACAUUUUUGAGUGAUUCUGCAUCAGAAUUAAAGAUGGUAGUCCAAUUCUAUUCCUCCCAAGUUGAGCUUCUACUGAAGAGCUAUAUGCUGGAAGACUCUUCUGUCCUAUACACAUCCGUUAUUGGCGGGAUCAGUGCCUGCAAAAUUGUUUAUGAUCUCAGCCAGGGGAUCAGUCCAGUUUACUUCAAGAGCUAUUCUAAGCUUUCGAAUCCUCAGAAAAUUGAGUGGAACAAUAGAGUGAUAUCAACAUUUCAUGCCAUAUUCAUCACGCUCAUGUCGCUUUACCUGGUGUUUUGGUCAGAGCUAUUUUCUGAUGGUCCCCCUACCAAUUUCAUUUUUCGACGUUCAAUGUUAUCCUCAUUUGCCUUGGGAGUUUCUGUUGGUUAUUUCAUAAGCGAUCUUGCGAUGAUCAUUUGGUUUUAUCCUUCUUUAGGUGGAAUGGAAUAUGUGGUUCAUCAUCUUCUUUCCAUGAUAUCUGUAAUGUAUUCUCUGCUGACUGGUGAAGGACAGCUCUACACAUUUGGGGUCUUAAUCUCUGAAGCAACUACCCCUGCAAUUAAUUUAAGAUGGUACCUUGAUACGGCUGGAAUGAAGAACUCCAAAUCAUAUAUAAUUAAUGGGGUUGUAAUGUUCUGUUCUUGGCUGGUUGCCAGAAUAUUGUUGUUUGUGUACCUGUUUUAUCACAUUUGGGCGCAUUAUGACAAGGUGAAGCAGCUGCAGCCAUUUGGGCAUUUCCUGAUUCUCGCGGUACCAUCAGUGCUCGCCAUCAUGAACUCAAUCUGGUUUUCGAAGAUUGUUAAGGGACUGAAGAAGACAUUAGCGAAAAGACGUUAAAAGCGCACCGAUGACUGACUAUAAUACCACGGAAAUACUUUCAUCCCUUUGUACAUUGACAUGUAUAUUCUCUUCCUCCUCCUUGCAGAAAGUCAUAUUCGAAUGUGAACGUCUUGGUUUUCUCGACCAGAUUGGAAAUGGAUAGAGUUUUAUCAACAGAAGCCCACAACUAAGCCCAUAAGUUGAGUUUAAAACUAAAUUACGGAGCUUAGUUAAGGUGUAUCACACCAUUGAUGCUCAUGCUUGGCCCAAAACCAUAGAUACAGUCCCUCCAUAAAUGCCUUCUUUUUUCUUGCCAAAAAAAAAAAAACCAACUUCUUUCUUGCCAACCAAAAAAAAAAUAUAUAAAAUAAAAAAAAGGAAAAGAAGAAAAAUGAAAAAGGAAAAAUAGUUAACUCAGUUCUACUGUUUCAAAAUAGAUUAUUUGAAGUGGUAAACAGUUUGCAUCAAAAUCUACAACCAUCUCAUUAUGAAAUCAGCAAUAGUAGAAUACAAAUACUGCGUCCUAGUUGUUAUUAUAAAUACUAUACUAAACUAAAUUUCGUUCAUAUUUAUGUGUGAUAUGCUCCCAAUGAUACGC